AUGGAGCCCGGAAAACUGACGAUCGAGGGCAUCCGGGUCCAUUGUUUCGGUGUGAGGUGCAUACACGCGUUACCUGCGUCUGUGGAGGUGAUCGAGGUUUUGCCCCGAUAUCCGCAAUUGGUGGCCAAACACGGCAUUCUGGACAAAAUCAGAGUGCCCAUGGAUCUGCUGGAGGGAGAGCUGCUUAAG